UAGGAGUUAUCAAUAAUGGACAGUUUUCAACAGAGCAUUUAUGUGCUCUUAAACUUUUGCAUUAAUGCCCCCAUAACUCAUUUCUGCAUUCCUUCUUUUCUCUUUCAGUGGAUGCCAGAACUGCGUAGAUUUGCACCUAAUGUUCCAAUUGUUCUUGUUGGUACAAAGUUAGAUCUCCGUGAAGACCGGGGUUAUCUGGCUGAUCACAUGGGAUCUAAUGUCAUAACAUCUGCUGAGGGGGAAGAACUGAGGAAACAAAUAGGUGCAGCAGCUUACAUUGAGUGCAGUUCAAAGACUCAACAGAAUGUCAAAGCAGUGUUUGAUACUGCAAUUAAAGUUGUGCUUCAACCUCCAAGGAGGAAAGAAAUGGCUAGGAAGAAAAGGCAUAGAAGGUCUGGUUGCUCGUUUGUAAGUAUUGUGUGUGGAGGUUGUGCUGCUUAACACAUCUAUUGCACCGUCACUUUUGAUAUGGAUGUUAUUUUGCAAAAGCUUCAAGGUCCAAGUGUGGAAACCUGACAUCUAAUCACAAUUUCAGAAUGUG